AUGGCCGAUGAUGACCCAAUAUUUCGACAAAUCGAGGAAGGGGAACUUCAAACCCCCUCCGUAAGGAAGGAAGGAGAAGGAGGAGGAGUCAUUUACCUCACACGAGACUUGGAACAACCGCGAAAACCGGGCUUGCCUGUUCUUUGUGACCUCAGCGCUGCCGUCAGUGGCGACGGGCCACGUACAGAACACGCCCAGCCAGACAUCUACCGCUCACCAGAAGUAGUUCUGCAAGUUCUAUGGAGUUACGAAGUAGAUAUUUGGAACGUAGGCUGCAUGAUCUGGGGCAUGUUCCAAGGGACUCCCCUAUUCAGCGGGAAAGACCCCGCAACUCAAACCUAUCGAAGCGCCGUGCAUCUAGCGGAGAUGAUAAGGCUUCUUGGGCCUCCACCCCAGGAUCUCCUUGCACGCGGACGACUCAGCCGCGAAUUAUUUUCUUCAGAUGAGAAGCGGGAAAGUAUACUGCAGGGUGAGGAGAAAGAGGAGUUUCUCCGCAUGAUGCACAGAAUGUUGCAGUGGGAGCCGGAAAAGCGGGCCACGGCAAAGGAAUUGGCAGAUGAUGCUUGGAUUCGUCGAUAUACGAAACAUACUACCUAG